CUGAAUCGGAUAUUGACAGUAAAGGGUUUUUGAAAUGUGCAACAGCAGGAAAACCUCCGAGCAGUUGCACUAUGAAUCAAUUGUUAGGAGAGGAUGGAAAGUAAGACGGAAGGAAAAGAAUAUGAAAGCAGGUGAAGUAAAAGGAACGAAAGGGGUUGCAGGAAGGGGGCCAGGUGUAUAUAGGCCUAGCGACUGGACGCCCUGACUACAAAAGGACAGCUUCCCUCUGUCGUAUCCUAAAACUGCAGGUUCUGCUUAUUACAACAGCACUCGAAUGCCGCCAGCAUUGCCUGGCGUCCUUAUUUCUCCUUUUAGUAAUUUCAAAGAAUUAUUCUAUAUGAACUUUGGCGAUAUACUUUGAUCAUUCUCGAGAAAGGCUAGUGAGAUAUUUCACUUCCUUGCCAGGAAAGAUUUGCAAAGAAGGGUUUAUCUUCCUUGCCAUGAUAAGCGCUAUUUCAUCAUGAUACUCAUUAUUCUUUGUACCAUAAGCAGAUGUAAUUUGUAUUCACUUUAACGAAAGUUCGUACACAGCCAAGAUGUGACGCGUAUCGCCGUACAAAACUUGUCUAAUACGUAUCGGGAAAACAUAAUAUAUUUCGUAGCGUUAUCUUCAUCGGUAAGACACUUCGUUUAAAUCGGUGUGAAAAUUAAAAGGUUACGUUACAGUAACAUUGCUUUCAAUUCGAAUUUAAUAAUAUUUUCCAAAUUUAUAUCCGGAUAAAACUAAACAAACACCAACAAUAUGAAUCUAUGACCAACGAUUUGUUUAUCGUAAUGUUUAUCACUACCGAUGCGCUGACUAUCAAUAUUUCGGUGCCAUAUAAAACUCGGAGGUGAUGAACGAUUGUACAAUCAACACUACCUUGUGGAUCCACGGACACUAAGUUGCAGAUUUCCGGGUUGAACACUUAAUAUGGGCGACAUCGUGCUGCAGAUGGGAGAGGAUAUAAGACUCUUAGCAGAACAAGAGCUGCUCUUUGCUGUUCAGCGUGGACGAGGUCAGGUUUCCUGCGCCAAGAUUUCUUAUCGGGGGAAUCACCUCUACUUGCAUUGCCUCUUGAACAAACUUCCUCCUCAGAAUGCCCGCACCAUCGGGUAUAAAGAGCUGAUGUCCCUGAAAGAAAAAUCGAUGCUGUCUUUUCUCGAGAUCGGAUCCAAGGAAAAGGUCUUGGGAAAAGUUCACAUUAGGCUUCUGCCAGACAAUCCCAGGGCAAAGAACUUCGCUCUGUUGUGCUCAGGGAUGAAGGAAGUUUCCUACAUUAAUUCCAAACUGCUCGAGACCUGGGGCAAGGGUCAAAACAGGGAGCACAUCAGGGGAGGAGAUUACGCGAGGAACACAGGAGAAGGAGGGGCACCUUUGGUCCCUGUCCCUAUGGAAAACGAGAAGAAGAGCGACCCCUGGAGAGCUGGGAGUGUCUGGGGGAAGCGGGCAGAAACCUCGGCUUCGCAGUUCUACAUCAGCACCAGAGACGAUCCAGGCGAGAUGAUCAAGGGGCUCUUCGGGAGGGUGGAGGACGGCCUCCAAGUUGUGAAGGAGGCGAUCCAGUCUUUCGAUGACAUAAGGCAACUUAAGAUAACCGACUGCGGUUUCGUCUUUCAUCCGUCUAGUCAUUCUGAGUCAUGAAUAUGUUUCGUUGCGUUUCCGGGAUAUUUUUGUUUGAGCAAAACUCGUAUCGUGAUGGCAUACUUUCAGGGAACGAUGUUACUAUUCUUAGAGGGAAAAUGGUUAGUCCCUGACAUGCCAUAAUAUAAAGAAUAUUCGAAUGAGUCUUUGGUAAAAAAAAUAUGUUAGUUCAUUAUAAGACAUUGAAAGUUGGAUGAUAAUGUCAUCUGCCCUAAAUAUACCUUAGAUAUAUCUAGGAACUGAUGACGUUACUCCACAAUACUUAAAGCAGCGAGUUAUUUAAACAACGAAACUAGAAUUGUCUAACCCACGGUUUCCAACCUUUUUUGUUUUUUUUGGCCAUGCCCCCUUAAUCACUUCUAAGAUCCUGAUGGCCCCCUGUUAUGAUAUACACUUCUUAUAUAUUCACGUGGAGGAAUCCUGAAAGGCCCUCAAAUUGGUUUAAACAGUCUCGAAUUCUCCGCCCCCCCCCCCCCCCCCAUUGAAAAUCAAAUGACCCCCUGGUGGGCGUACACUCCACAUAGGUAACCACUGCUAUCCCAGAAUCUACUCUCCAGAGAGACUUAAGGAAGAAUGGCAGAUGCAUGGGGGAGGACCCCGGUCAAGAGAGGCUUAGGGAAGAAUGCAGAUGCAAAAGGGCGA